AUGUUUCCUCUGAGGAUUGAUGAUCCCUCAAAGACGCGGGAUUGCAGCGAAUGCGAGGCCACAGGCUACAAACCCUGUGGCACGUGCCAAACCACUGGACUUUCUCCAAAGCUGGUGAAACUUUAUGCUCGUGAUGAAAAGUUCAGGAAGAUCAUGGCGAGAUUGAGAAAGACCAAGUGUGACGAGGAUGGCAGGGCCAAGAUCAAACGAGUGAUGACCACCGCCAUUGCAGAGGUCGAGGCCAAACAAGCUGCAUCGGAGGGACGAGAUGCCAUGAUUCUAAAGGUUCCUGAAGCUCCUGCACCAGAAGCUAGUGGGACUUGGAUAGGUAGUUAG